ACAAGAAAUCAUCAGUCAAUACAACAUUGGCUUAAAACUUGGUGAAAAUUAAAGAAUAUUGGAAUAUGAAGUGCUUAUCUCUCUUAAACUCAUCAAACUCUUGUGCAUUUUCAUAUGGUUACAAGAAGAAGAAGUUUUGCCCAAAGAGCUUAUUUAGUUGGGACUUUGGCAGAAAGAGCAGCACACAGCCAGAGCCUAAAUAUCACGACAGCACAGACCUCCCAUUUCCACUCUCUGUCUUAUCCCAAACAUUCUUGAAAGGCAGAGAACUGAAGUGCUGCUAUAAGGCUACUGUAGAUGGGUUCAGUGCUACAGAAUUCCACAACAAAUGCGAUUUCAAGGGACCGUGCGUGAUAAUCGGCUACACCCAAAAAUCCUUCAAAUUCGGAGCUUUCAGCCCCGAAGGCUACCGAAGCACUGACGACUAUUAUGAUACAUUUGACGCGUUUCUGUUCUAUUGGGCUCGAGACAGCGAAAACGAGCCCAUUAUGUUGUCCAAAGUAGGGGGGAGUGGUGCGGCCCUCUUUGACUAUGCCAGAGGUGGGCCCCAGUUCGGGGCGGACGGGCUGCUCAUUGGGCCGCCGCUAGCACCGGUUAUGGGGGGUUUUGCUGGGCCCGACACGAAUUCGGGUGUUGGGGACCUGAGACAGGCUAAGUCUAGGCUUGGGCUAUCUUAUGCUAAAAGGGCUGAUGGGAAGGAGUCUUUGUUUGGGGAUGAGCCCAAGGCCACGCUUGAUGAGGUGUUGGUUUUUUGCAGCCCUCAGAUUGCGAGUUUGUAUUAGAUUCUAAUGGCUAAAAUGUUUCUUGCAAGACAAGGUCUCCCUGUACAAAGAAAGGCAUCGAAAGCAUUUUCCAUCAAAUAUGGGAAUCGGGAAUCUUUCAGAGCCGUAGAUUCUUCAAGCAACAAAGAAGGUGGAGAUUGAAAGUGGGGGAA